GUGUGUGAAAUGGUUCGCACCAAGGGCAACGUGGUGCUAAGCGCAGUGCGAGAUCAGAUCGAUUGCCUGAAGCGUUCUUCUCGGCAAAAUGCCUGGGGUAUUAAGGCGAGUUUGCAAGAGCCCGUGACGGGGGGCUUCGCCCAGAGCGAGGACAUCGUGGUGAGCGUGUUCAUCCCGUACUGCGAGUCCGGGGCGGAGUGGGAGGUGGUCAUCGACGGGGACGCGCCGGAGAGGUGCCCCGACCUGGUGCCGUUCCCGUCCACCGAAGGCGACGUCAACAGGGGGUUUACGCAGGGCAUGCACGAAGCGUACAACACGUACCGCUUGGCCUCGCUCGAAAGCCUUAAGAAGUGGGACCUUUUCAGACGUCCCAGCUCUCUUGCCGCCCUCGCUUUGGACAUCAAGCAACUCCGACGAAACCACGAAAUACAAAAGCUGGAGAAUUCGCCGCUCGCGAGCGCUAUGAGCUUCCACUUGGGCUACUUGCGUGACCGGCAGGAAGACAUAGAGUUGCUCGUUUCGAGGGCAGGGGCGCGCCUGGCGUUCCCUCUGUGGCCUGAUCCGACGGCGGCGGCCGCUACGGCAUCGACAGCAGCACAAGCAGGGGCAGAGGCAAUAGAGGGAGAGGGCGGGGGUGUAGAUGCUGAGGGCGAAGGGCCGAUGUUCGUCUACGGCCGAGCGGGGGUCAGGGUGCGGAUGGAGUGGACGCAGGUUGACGGAAACAGACCACCAGACGUCCGAGUCUUGUUUCCGCAGGAGGCCCAAGGCCUCACGAUGGGGUUCCGCCAACCGUCGUGGAGCUCGGAGACGACGCUGGGCGACUACCUGCCCAGGGCUCAGGCGGCGGUGGUGACGCCGUGGUCGGAGCGGAAGAACCUGGUGGCGAUGCUCGCCAAGCGGCACAACGUGCUCGAGUACGACGCGCAGGACUUCACCAUGCUCCACCUCUUCAUGAAGGUGAAGGUGGAUAACUUGAUAUUCCUCCGCAUCCUCCGGGUGGACAUCGGCCCCGACUUCCCCAAUAACCCGCCGCAGCUGACUCUGUGCGACUCCCUCUCCGAAAAGUGUUGGUCCCUGGACAGAAGGAACUACCGCUACAGCCCCCGGUGGGACGCGGCCAGGAUGGCGACCGAGCUGUACACCCACGCGGUGGACUCUCUCUCGAAGCUGCGCGAUUGA